AUGGCGGCGUGGGUGUACCCACAGCUGCCGCCCACCCAGCUGCAACGCGAGGAGGAAGAUUCGCUGUCCCGUGAAUUACUGUGGCUGCUACGGUCCUUGCAGGAUUCUUUGGCUGCUUUACGUGAAGGCUUUCAAGAAUGCGCCGCCCUACUCGCCCCGUCCGAACCAGGCUCAACAUUGGUGCUGUCGUCUCUACGCUCUGAGAGUGUCAAGGGAUAUGUAACUAGGGUUGGGCCAAAGAUCGUCAAGGGGGACGUGCAUCUUCGUAUGCAGACUUUAGCUCCUCCGCGGGGCUCAAAUUCCACAAGGCUCUUUCUUUCCAGCGCCCCCACUGCCCCGGAAUUAGUUCUGGAGCAGCUCGUGUCGGCUCGCCGGCAUAUUAACGACUGCCUUGAUGUCGUCGAUGUCAGCACCUUCACAGGUGACCCCAUGAACGCCAGCUUUAUAUCCGGCCAACUGCGACUUUUACAGGACCAUAUAAGAGAGGCACAGCAUGCUUUAAAAGGCGAGCGAGAAGAUACGCGAAAGCCAUGGAAUGAAGGAAGUGUGGAUGCGAAUGCAUUCGACCCUCCUCUUUCAAGCUAUCUCUCAUUCUAUCUUACUAUCUCUGAGGCCGCGCUUGUCCUCUACCUGCGUACUCUUGAACCUCUGGGCGCUUCUGAGCACCCACCCACUUAUUUUUCUGGCGAGCUUGGACUAAGUGGAUUCUCUCUCCGUGAUCGCCUCUUUGGUACAAAGCAGUCGACUCAUGAUGAGGCAGGGGAUGUAUUUAACUGGAGGGGUGAAGACGUAAAGGUCAAGGAAAAGAUAAGAGUUGAAAGCCAGGACCCUAGUCUGAUGGCAGUUAUGGCUAAAUUGAUUGCCUUACAGCAUGAAACUGCCAAGCUAAGGAAAGCUCUCGGGGUUGUAAUGGGGGAUGAAGAAAGUGAUAGUGAGUAG